UUGUUCUAUUUGUAUUCAACUAAGUAAAUUUUACAUUGAUAAAGUUUCUUUUAACACCUAUUUAUUGAUUUUUGCUAUAAAAAGCUUCAUAUGAUCAUAUCUCACAUUUCAAAUGUAUUUAUAAAUUGUGCACGUGUCAUUUUGUAAUGCUUAGAACAGUUAACAAAUUAUCUACUAAAUAUAUUACAAAUCGUUGUUUUAGUUCUUCAAAGUGUAGUCGUAAUAUAAUUAUGCAGAUCGGCACUCAUGAUGGGACCUUCCACUGUGAUGAAGUGUUGGCGUGCUACAUGCUACGUCGGUUGCCGGAGUACAAGGACGCCGAGAUUGUCCGGAGCCGAGACAUAGAGGUGCUCAAAGCCUGUGACAUAGUGGUCGACGUUGGAGCCGUGUUCGAUCACCAGAAGAAGCGGUACGAUCACCACCAACGGGAAUUCAAUGAAACCUUAAGUUCGGUGCGCCCGGAGCUGGGUGAUAAAUAUCAAAUCAAGUUAAGUUCGGCAGGAUUGGUCUACGCUUUCUACGGGGAGCGCGUUAUAAAAGAAGUAGCACCAAAAAAUUACCCAAUGAGACCAGAAAGUUUGGAGUUGAUAUUCAAAAAAGUUUAUGAGAAUUUCAUAGAAGAAAUAGAUGCAAUUGACAAUGGUGUUCCGAUGACUGACGAGGAACCAAAGUAUCGUAUACACACGCAUCUCAGUGCGAGAGUACACAGGUUAAACCCGGACUGGAAUACAUCGGAAUCAGUAAACACGAAUAUACUUUUUAAAAAUGCAAUGAAAUUAGUAGAGGAAGAGUUUUUGUUUAUUACGAAUUACUACAUAACAGUUUGGUUAGCUGCAAGGGAGUUUGUGAAGUCGGCAGUAAAGGAGAGGUUCGAUGUGCACGAAUCUGGACAAAUAUUGUAUUUCAAUGGGCAUUUUCCUUGGAAGGACCACCUGUUUGAGUUAGAAGCCGAGAUGGGAUUGGCAAAUGAAGUAAAAUAUGUCGUGUUCAACGAUAAACCUAACUCUUGGAGAGUUCAAGCUGUGCCGUUGACUCCAGGGAGCUUUGUCCUCAGGAAACCACUACAUGCUGAUUGGCGUGGAGUUCGAGACGAAGAACUUAGCAACGUGGCCGGAAUACCUGACUGUAUAUUCUGCCAUACAUCCGGGUUUAUUGGUGGUAACAAGACUAAAGAUGGUGCUAUAGCCAUGGCCCUGGCUAGUCUCAAAGCAGCCUAAGAAUAUAAAUAGAUAAAUAAAUGAAGUCUUUUUUGUCAAUUAACCAUA